AUGGCGAGAUCAGUUUCCCAUGUCUCUCGCCGGUGGCGCGCGGUCGCGGUUUCGUGCCAGUACCUAUGGUCACACGCACUACCUUGCGGCAGCCUCGAAUGGACCAGGCUGUGUCUCUCCCGCUGUUUCUCUGCUCCUUUCGAGCUCGCUAUAAGCGGUCUAUCUCUCGAUGAGAAUGAAGAGUACCGUCUCGCUUACGACCUAGUCCUGCCACACUUAGCUCGCGUUCGUGGUAUCGCGUUUCAGCUGGACGAGGAACGUGGCCUCAAGAACAGUCAUGUUCCUGGCAUCCUGCGCGACUUGCUAGAAAAGAUAAGCACGACCGUGAUGCCCGACGCCAAGGAACUCGUCAUCUACUACUCUGACCAAUAUGGGACACUCGAAGGCAUACCCGGGCUGCACUUCUCUACGGCGAUGCCUGCACUCGAUGAGAUUUUUCUUCGUGGCAUUGUCUGCACACCAUCUGCCGGGCCUCAAAUGUUCCCUCCUAGCCUCCGUGAGCUCUGUCUCACGGACAGCAACUUUUGGUGGAGUGUGGACGAGAUGAUCGACACCCUGCGUUGUGUGCCGAUGCUUGAAACCUUGGAACACACGACCAAUCCGAUCACGUUCACUCACGGCCUAGCCCCAGUACCGUCCCAAGUUCAUCCUCUUCGUUGUGUGAAUCUGGAGAAGCUCGAGCUGCUUACCUGCUCCUGUGGUUCGUUUGCACGCAACAUGCUAUUCUUCAGUUACCUGUCAUUCCCCCCGGCAGCCACUCUUCGAAUUGAAUAUCCUCACUCUCAUCCCCUUUGGAUCCUCGACGCCCACAGUAGUUCUCCUACGGAGGUAGAAGACAUACAACCUUUGGGGGAGUCAGCUAUUCGCGAGCAUUUUGCCGGCGCCAUCAGUCAAGGAGCGCUCUUUCCUGAUGUCUUUCUCGACGGGGCCUCUGUAUCAUCGAGAGGUCCGGGAGCACCCGACGCCUACCGGUGGCCCGUACUCCCUUUCGGCACGAGUGCGCGUCAUCUGUUGCCGCCUUUCAUCAAAUUGGAUGUACCGGAAGUCGGCAACGAAUUCCGUAGCCACCAGGCGGAUUCGCAGGCACCUCGACCCUUCCAUGAACGUCUGUUCGAAUCAUGGGUAUCCUUGCCCUUCUUCGCGAACACCAGCACUCUUCAUCUGAGGAGUGGCUUCGACAACUUUUCUCUUGCCUUCCUUCGACGAUUCACGCUUGUCCGCGAGGUCCACUUCGCUUCGUUGUACAUGCUCGGUUCCCCGUUCACCAUCAUGGUCCUCGAUGACCAGCCCAAUUUUGCCGAAGGGCUCUUUCCGAUGCUCACCACCAUCCACGUCGGGUGUACUGGGGACAAUGCGCGCCAGACAGAGACCUCGAAGGACGAUCUGACGAGGUUCGAGAGACUGGCUGACGUGAUACUGCUUCUUUGGGGUUCAACGUUGGAACGUCUCGUUCUGCACGAGCCAGAGCUUCUUGUCAGUCGGGUGGAGACACUAGCGCUGCUGCAACGUCGUCUGGGCGUGAACCGAGUCAUAUGCGACGACAGUGAGACUUCCACGCCGUACUGUUCCUGCUACACGGCGCCCGCAAUCUGCGAUGCAUGCAGAUUGCGGUUAAUGCAUGCGGAGGAGCACGAACAUGGUGAGGAAGAUAGUGGUGAUGGUUCGGAUGAAGAAGAUAGCAGCGGAGAUGAUGAGGAGGACUAG